UGCAAAGGUGGCUCGUGUCAAAAAUACUCUUAAAUGUUACUGUAAUAAAUCAAAUUUGCUAAAUUAACUAAAUAAUACUACAUUUAAAUCAACUUCAGUAUUAAGAUUUUAUUAUGAUUUAGUGCAGUUAAUGUUGUGUUAAAAUAAUUCCGCCGAUUUAAAUAGCGGAUAUACAAACAUACAGAAUGAAGGCGCUACCCUUUGGGUAUAUACAAGUAACUGUAGUAGUAUUAUCGUUCUGCUUUCACAGUUGCUUGUCACCGAUUACUAGUAAAGGCAUCCGAUGUUUCACCAACGAUGGCGUCCCAGGCACCUGGCGAGGCAUUAGAUCAUGUCCGUCUGCACUCGAACUGAUCAGAAGAAAAAUAGAACCAGAAAUGUAUAGGUUCAGAAACAUCGAAGAGCCAGUAGUUUGCUGCGUCGGUUCCUCGGCGCCUCUCAGCCCAGCGGAUAGAAUUACCGCAAUGAGGAAGAUGCUUCGAAAUAAGCCACCUUCACCAACUACCACGUCUGACCCGCUCAUCUGGUCCUACGGCCAGUGCGAGCCCAUACCUGCCAAAGACACCGCGAGGAAGACUGGUCAGAGAGCCUAUGACAAAUGCAUAGAGUAUCAGGAAAAGUACGUCUACCCUUGUAAAAAGAGCAAGACGGGAAAGAUGAAACGCCAUCACCUUUGCAACUGGAGGGCGGAGACUUUGAUCACUGACGGAGAGGACGCGUAUGAAGGAGAGUUCCCUCACAUGGCCCUCCUCGGUUACGGGGAAACGAGGAUAAAGUGGCUCUGCGAUGGCAUGCUGAUCAGCGAGUGGUUCAUCCUCACAGCCGCCCAUUGCACCAAGGACCGCUGGAAAGGAAACGUGACGCAGGUCAAAAUUGGCAUUCAGAGAAGGUCGGAAAUGGCUUUUUGGAAUCAGUAUCGCGUGUUGAAAACAUAUCCGCAUCCGCGCUACCGAUCUCCACAUAAAAACGACGACAUCGCCUUACUGAGGACUGCCAGACGCAUGCGCCUGGAUGCGUUUGCGCGGCCGAUCUGCAUACACACUGGUACCGUGGUCAAUGACGAAGUGGUCGUGGCCACGGGUUGGGGCAGAACCGACACUCACAACAUGCAGUCCCAAUCCGACAACCUUAAGAAGGUAUCGUUAUACAAGUUCACGGAUAUGGAGUGUGACGCCAUGCUGCAGACGGUCCGCCUGCUACCCUUUGGGUACGAUCCCAUGACGCAGGUGUGCUACGGCGACAGGAGGGCCAACAGAGACACUUGCCAGGGGGACAGCGGAGGUCCCUUGCAAAUCAGGCACCCCAAAGUCAAGUGCAUGUACCUCGUAUUAGCGGUCAUAUGGUUCGGCAAAAAUUGCGGGGUGACCAAUGAGCCAGGGUCCUACAUCCGGGUCGCGCCCUACGUUCGCUGGAUUGAGAGCAUUGCAUGGCCUCGACGAAGCCGCUUGCAUAGCCGCCGCCGUCGUCGUCGCCUGACGCACGGCUAGUGGUGCACUAAAAGGAUCUACCACUGGUUCGGAAUGUUUUUCCUACCGAGAAGAACCAGCAAGAAACUCGGCGGUUGCUCUUUUCAAAGAUUUGAUAUACAAUAUUAU